AACAGAAACUAUUCACGCACUCUGAACAGUUUUGUGUUGUUAUAUGUUAUAUAGACAACGACUAAAGCCAACUAGGGUUUACACGUUUUGGAUCGUUUCGAUAUAAAGGUGUGGUUUCCUUGACAACCAUCAUGGCCCAAUAUAAAGGUGCUGCCUCAGAGGGAGGUCGUGCGGCCAACCUUAUCAAGAAACGACAGAAGGAACAAGAAGAAAUGGAGAUAAAGAAGAAGAAAAUUGAAGAAGAAUUAAAAAUCGGCAGCAUACAGAACAAAUUUGCAACACAUUAUGAUGCUAUUGAACAGCAGCUGAAAUCAAAUACUAUUGGUCUGGUAACACUUGAUGAGAUGCGGGCAAAACAGGAAGAUGUUAUCAAGAAACGAGAAAAGCAGCUGGCAAAGAAACACUCGGAGGCACAGAUGUUGGAUCAACAGAAGAAAGACAGAAAAAAGAAAGAACAAAUGAAGAUGGCAAUGUUGUCCUUUGAUCCUUGUGAUGAAGAAGAGGAUGAUGAAGAUGAGGAGACAGAUAAAGAAGAAGAAACAGAAAUUAAAGAAGCUGAAGCAGGAAAAAGGAAAAGACUUGGGAAGGACCCCAAUGUGGACACCAGCUUUUUACCAGACAGGGACAGAGAGGAGGAGGAAAACAAGCUCAGAGAACAGCUGCGACAAGAAUGGGUGGGGAAGCAAGAGAAGCUGAAGAAUGAGGAGAUAGACAUUACAUACAGCUACUGGGACGGGUCUGGACAUCGGCGCCAGGUGAGGAUGCGUAAAGGCAACACAAUGCAGCAGUUUCUGCAGAAAUGUCUGGAGACAUUACGGAAGGAGUUUAAUGACCUCAAGUUAGUGACUGUUGAUCAAAUCAUGUACGUCAAGGAGGAUCUGAUCAUUCCUCAUCAUUACAGCUUCUACGAUUUCAUCGUCACCAAAGCCCGUGGCAAGAGUGGGCCCUUGUUCAGUUUUGAUGUUCACGCAGAUGUAAGGAUUGUUAGUGACGCUACAGUUGAAAAGGACGAAUCUCACGCGGGUAAAGUGUGUCUUCGUAGCUGGUAUGACAGAAAUAAGCACAUAUUUCCGGCAAGUCGAUGGGAACCAUAUGAUCCAGAGAAAAGAUGGGACUCUUACACAGUGUCAGACAAAAACGCAAUUAAAAUUACUGUCAAAUAGA